AUGGUGUAUUGCGGCAAGCCGAGCAAAGGCUGCGGCCAGUGCAGGACAAGAAAGAUCCGAUGCGACCAGGCCCGCCCGGCAUGCUCACAAUGCGUGCGGGCUAAGCGGGACUGCCCCGGUUAUCGGGAUCAACUGUCCUUGAUGUUUCGAGAUGAGAGCAAAUCAGUGGUGCGGAAAGCGGAGGCGGGCUCCUCUAGUUCUUCCACCUCUUCUGCACCGUCCGCCUCUAGACAGAAACGGUCACCAGCGCGGACGCCUCGCACUGCUUCCCCAGACGGGAGUACUGCGUCCGAGCUUACCGUUUCGGUGGAUCCGGGCUUGGAUAGCUUGCAUGACUUGUUCGACUUCAACUCGGAUCCACAAUUCGAUAUGUACAUGCCCGAUCUAUGGCAGAUGCCUCUCGAAGUUCAGCCGACCGAUGAAGCCUCGCAAAUGGAGGCUGUCUGCUACUUCCUGCGGUCUAAUGCCAUCCCAGGCACGUUUUGGAUGAGCGAUUUUGUUACCAAGUUCUUGAUGCACCCUGGGGGUACGGUUAGUCAACAGGCCAUGCAGGCUAGUAUCAUUGCCGUUUCAUCGGCAAUGUUAUCUCGUGUCAGGAGAACAAACUCGCUUAAAGUUGUGGCGCGAAAGGAAUAUGUAUCGGCACUCAGUUUGCUAAACACUGCUCUUGCCGAUGCGGAGGAGGCCAAGACUAAUCAAGCACUGGGGGCCGUAGUGCUCCUCGCGAUAUAUGAAGUUGUCACUUCGAGAGCCCCGCAGGAUAUUGAUCUCUGGACUAACCAUAUAAAUGGAGCCACUGCUCUACUGGAUCUGCGGGGUACCGAUCAGCUUAAGACUGAAGCGGGUCUUCGCCUUUUCCUGCAUUUACGGUAUCAAAUUAUUAUAAGCUGCAUCCAAAGGGAUACUCGAGUACCCGAGUCAUUAUUGGAGUGCUCAAAGUUCGCCAUGUUCCUCCGACCUAGCGAGGCUCACAGCAACCGUUUGGUCAUGGUCAUUGGUAGAUUGUCCAACCUCCGUGCAGAGAUCCUUGCAAAGACUUUUAACCACGCGAGCGAGAUCAUCGCCGCCGCUUCAGCCAUCGAAGCCGAUCUCAUUGCCUGGCUCGCAGCACUGCCACCCGACUUCAACUAUGAGAAUCUCACGAAACCACCAUUUGACUUCCUAUUUCAAGAACGAUGUCGCGGGAUUGCGCUGUACGACAACCAAUACCAUGUCUAUCCAACCCUCUGGGUCUGCAGCACGUGGAACCAAUAUCGUUGCGCGCGAAUCAUUGUCAGUGAGAUCAUCCUGUCCCACAUCAGGCAGAUUUCCGACUCGUCGUCCCUGAGGUCCCUGUCAGAUGAAUUUAAGACUCAAUGCAAUACUCUCCGAUCGACCAUUCGGCGCCUGGCAGUUGACAUUUGCCGCAGUGUGCCUUUCCAUCUGGGCGCACAUUUGAAAUACGCCUCACCCAACUUUCCACCCCCAGAGAGCUACAUUGGGGGGCUUAUGCUCCUGUGGCCCCUGUUCCUGGCCGGCGUGGUCGAAAACCCGAGCCAUAGCCUACGUCGGUGGGUGGUGUCUUGCUUGAGGAUGAUUGGAAAUACUAUGGGUCUAGACCAGGCUCUCGCACUUAUGGACAUUGUUGCAUCCGACCCGGGCAUUCUUCAUCAGGUACUUGAAGAAGACGAAAUUGUUGUCACUGGAGAGUCAUCGUCUUCCCUUAUCUCUUCUGUACCAAAGAAGACGCCCGUUUCACUGAUCAACCUUCCCUAUUCAACCAUUCCUGCUUCGGAAGGAGAGCCCUGA